UUUCUAUGAUUAUCUAUGUUAUUAAUUUGUUAUGAGUAUUAAAAGAGCAUUAUCUUUGGAUGAGGCUCUGUAUUUGGCAAAGGAGGCUGGAAUCACGACAAAAGCAGAGAUUCAGAAGCUUAUAAUCUAUUCUCCUUCAUUUUCCAAUGAUAAAUCUCCCUUUUUAAUCAGUAACUUUUUUAAAAACAGGCCUCCUCAGGAUUCCGCCGAGGCUGAAUCCGAAGAUUUGAAAUCUGAGCCUGAAAAUCCUGAAUUUAACAUGUACAUUGAGCCUGAGUCUGAAAUUUCGAAUUUUAAUAAAAUUAUCGCAUCCAAACUUCAUCCAAAUUCCCUAAACUUGUUUUGGCAUAAUAAUAGUUGGUGGAAUGUUUAUUCUGAGGGGUAUGGCACUUGUAUGAGGUCAACAAGCCAUGUUAUACUUAACCGUGGUUCAGGAAUUGUUAAAAUCAACGGUGAAGAAGAUCUUUACAAAAGAUGGCCUCUUUUCUAUAAUCGGAUGGAUGUGUUGGAGCCGUUUUAUAUUUCAGGUUGUGCUGGUGUUUUUGAUCUUUUUAUUAAGACAAAGGGGGGAGGGACUACAGGUCAGUCUAGGGCAACAAGACUCGCAGUUGCCAGAGCUUUAGUCAACUCCAAUCCUUCUUUGCAUUAUUAUUUGAAAGACUCACUCUAUGAAGAUUUGAGGCAAAAAAUGCCUAAAAUGCCUGGGAGAACUGGUGCUAGAUCUCAGCGAAAAUGGGUUAAACGUUAAUAAUAUACUACUUCACA